AUGAGAAUGUAUCAAGCAAGCAAGUGGUGUGUGAGCGACGUUGACAGAGCAAAGGGCUAUGCCGUUGAUUUCCUGUCUGUGUCUCUUCAUGUUGUUUCUCGCGGUCCAGAGGCUUAUCCAUCACCUUGCAUUUACACUAAGAUUGAGACUGGUGUUGAGGAUGAUGAAUCAGAGUCUUCAGAUUCUGAAAAUAAUGAGACACUGGACUUAUCAAAGAUCACUGAGAUGAGACUUGUCCCAGCAGACCCUGAUCAGUUAGAUACGCUAUUUGAGAUAUUCUGUGAUUGUGCUGAGUUGAAUCUUGAGCCUGUUGACGAGGAAGAUGGAGAACAUAAUCGGGUAUAUGUGCAGAUAACCUGGUUACUAAAAGAGUGGAGAUGGAGAGGAGUCUGA